GUUUAUUUAAUGCACAUCAAUUAUCCCUCUUUUGCAACCAAAUUAACCCUGAAAAAAUUACAGAUAUUUCUAAAGUAGAUACGAGCAGACGGCAAAAUGACUCGUUGCCAAUGUAGUGGAGCUUCACACAUUUGCCGAUGCAUUUACAAACUGUUUCCAUGAAUUCUAGUUGUCAUAGUAAUGCAAUAAUGAUACAAUUGCUCUAAUAUGUAUAUAUACUACAAAUAGAUACCCUAAUUUCACUUAUUUCCCCAGUUUUGUGUAAGUCUUAUACCCAGUUUGGAAGGUAAACACAUACCAAUUGGCAACACUGAUAAACAAUAGAAGAGCGUGAACAUCGCUGUAGGUACUGUUCACAGCAAAACUGUUGAUAUUUUAGUCAGGAAUCUAUCUACUUUUUCAACAACGAAUAUUUUCAAAUUAAUAAUCAUGAAUUUGUAAAUAAUUUAUGUAAUUCAUGACCUUAUACUGCAGUUUAACUAUUUAUUUAAAUAAUUAUUUUGUGCACACUUCUUCCUCUACCAAAAAAUCGUAGUUUCCUUGGAUAAGUCGUGGUUGGAAGUCAUUGUUUACGAUUUUUGUGUAGAAAGUGCCCCAGCGUCUAUGGGUACAAGUGGUGUGCAGAUUUAGCACAUGGAAUGGGAAGUUUAUUGACACAAGCGACUCCGCAAAUAUCAAGAUGGCAUCAAUCUUCUAAAUAUUCAGAGUUUUUUAUUUUCGGCAAUGCUGUUCUUUCAAGCGUGAUACUAUAAUGGAGGUGUCUGUCAUGAAACAGGAUCCCAGUAAAAUAAAGAGAAAGAUUGCCAGAUGUCUUGCCAUUCUUCAAAAAGAUUUCCCUGAUGUUCAACCUUCUGGAAAACCAACCAAGUUUAUCUUCAUUGGGAAUGCAGGACUAACUACAAAUGCAGAUGAAGUGUGUAUUACAGAACUAAUCACAGCCAUUGGCCCUGGUUUGCAAGCAGUUACACUUGUUCCUGGAAAAUCUUACAGCUUUGCUUCAUUUUCCAAAGAUGAAGAAGCCAUGGUAAUUGUGUCCAAAGCAAAUGGUUUGCAGACCAUCAGAGGAUGUGAAACACCUGUAUACAUGUCAUAUGUCAACAAGGUGCCAUCAGUAUCAUCAUCUGUGAGUUAUGAACUUCCUCCAGGUCUUGAACUUAUAGAGGAAUUUAUAUCACCUGAGGAAGAAGCACUGCUGUUAAGACUGAUUGCGUGGGAUGAUCAGCCUAAUGAUAAAGCUGAAGGAAGUGUGCUGAAACAUCGGCAAGUGAGGCAUUUUGGAUAUGAAUUUAAGUAUGGCACAAAUUCAGUUGACAAGGACUGUCCUUUAGUCCAGGGUAUCCCAGAAGAGUUGUCACCAAUUCUUGAUAGAAUUGUUGAAAAGAGGAUCAUGCCAGAAAUUCCAGACCAACUGACUGUUAAUCGCUACCUCGCUGGACAAGGAAUUCCUCCUCAUGUUGACACCCACUGUUCUUUCACUGAUGAGGUGUUAUCUCUUAGUGUGGGCAGUGGUAUAAUGAUGGAUUUCCGUUAUGCAGCAGGAGCAAACGCCGUCAAUUCUGAGUAUCCCUUUCACUGUGCCGUGUACCUAAAACCACGGUCUCUUUGUGCAAUGAAAGGUUCAUCAAGGUAUGAAUGGACACAUGGAAUUAGUCCUCGUAUGACAGAUGUGACAUCUGGCAAAGGGAGUGAUGCAGGUCUAGUCCUUUGUCCCCGCCAAGAACGUGUGUCUUUUACUUUUCGGAAAAUUCGACAUGGAGAUUGCCAGUGUGGAAAUCAUCUUGUUUGUGAUUCUCCAUCAGUUGUUCAGAAAGAUAAAUUGCAUGAGAGAGGGAAAGAUCCUGCUAUAUCUGACAUGAAUGGAGAAGAUGCAUCAAGAUUAGAGAGGGAACAUGUUCUAAUGGUUUAUGACCAAAUUGCAGACCAUUUUAGUGACACACGACAUAAACCCUGGCCUCAGGUCUUAGAGUUUGUUGCAUCCUUAUCACCUGGCUCCUUUCUCCUGGAUGUGGGAUGUGGAAACGGGAAAUAUCUUGGCCAUAACAAAUCAAUAUUUGAGUCAGGAUGUGACACCAGCAUAGAACUAACAAGAAUAUGUAAGGAUCGUGGCUUUGAAGUUCUCAACUGCAACUGUUUACAGUUACCAUACAGAAGUUCUCUCUUUGAUGCAGUUAUAUGUAUAGCUGUUAUACAUCAUCUAGCCAGUGAGGAGCGACGAAGGGCAGCAGUGCAGGAGAUCGCGAGAGUACUUUGUCAAGGUGGCCGUGGUCUUAUUUAUGUUUGGGCCUUGGAGCAGAAAAGAGGGAAGAAGAAAUCUGCUUACCUUAAGCAGAAUAAGGCCAAUAGGAAAGAUGAUUCAGGGGCUGUUGCAAGGGGGAGUAUUGCUUUCAAACUUGAAGAGGACAUGACAAACUCCAGCAACCUUCCAGUUCAUACCAAUCGUACAGAAUUUGUUGAACAGGACAUGCUUGUUCCUUGGAAACUUAAACCGCAGAAGCAAAUGGAAAAAGAAAAUGCAGUUAACAAAGGUAUGAGUAACUCCAAUAAUUUACUGGAUCUUGAGUGUCCAAACAAAACAGUUGAAAAAGUUCCUGUUUUUCAUAGGUUUUACCAUGUUUUUAAGCAGACAGAACUAGAAGAUUUAUGUGAGACAGUUGAUGGUGUUAGUAUUUUGAAAUCUUAUUAUGAUGAAGGAAACUGGUGUGUGAUAUUUGAGAAAAAAUCAUGAUAAAGAUUGAAAGUUU